AUGUGCUCAAACUUGGCUAUAAAAAAUUCUUCAUUGCUAUUUUGCACUUCUUUGUUACGCUUAAAUAGUGUGUGGUCCAGAACUUUUAGAGAAACUUUACAAAGUUUUGCAAAAGGAAUUUGCGAAACGAAGCGGUCAAAACUUACAGUCUUAAAAUUUGUUAACCGGACAGAAUAUCAAUCACAAAUAGUCCAAGCAUUUGGAACAGCCGUAAUCUUUGGUAAGCUAACUCUACAAAAAAAUGAGAGGGUUGUGAUCCGUUUGAAAAUGACAAAGAAUGGAUACCGGCACAUCGGCCGUGCACUAUAA